AUGUCUGUCAACUGGUGUGAAACCUGUCGAAAAUACACCAACAACUGCGGCUGCUCCACCAACGCAAACCAGGGCACAGGCCAAUUCGUCGGCGGCUUCUACGUCAUUCGGGGAGAGAACUCCGACGCGCUGGAGGGUUCAGGCGGCGGCUCGUCUUCGAACGGCUCAAGGGCUAAUGGUAACGGGACCUCCAAUGGACGCUCGAACGGACAGUCGAACGGCAGCUCCAAUGGAGCUUCGAACGGAUCCUCAAGGAGACAGUAA